GUGUGAGCUUACAAUUCAUUCACCGGUUAGGUUCGUGUGUAAAAAUAUCUGAACUUGCCAGCGCCAGAACUACGUGGCGUGGAUUGCCAGUUCUACAGACUUUGGGACUGAUCUGUUCUGAGGAGUUACACAAGAAAAUUUCAGAGUAGUAAUCUGGCUCAAAUUAUGCAAGCUGUUCAUGAAUCCGGCGACGAGGAGAAUCCACGAGAAAGGGCGCGAAGAGUGUUGAGUGAUGUUUUGGGAUUACAGACGGACACCUCAAGUUGCGAAACACCAAAUUUAAAAGAUGGUGAUGAUUUCUACUUGCUUGGAGGAGACUCUUUGUUGGCGGUUCAUGCUGUGGAUUCAUUGGAAAAAAUGGGAUUUCAGGUUGACUUGAGCACCUUCUACGAGACUGGGAACAUCGGCCAAAUUUUGGAUUCCCUGGUGCCUCCAGCAGGAAGUAAAGCUAAUGUGAACAAGGUUACAAAAGACCUCUCCAGAUUGAAGUCCCAGGAUAGUCUCGAAAACGUCCCUAUUGACGUGGUUGAAUGGGAUGGCUCAGAACCAAAAGGGGAAGAGAUAAAGGAAACGUUGACAGAAAUAUUCAUGAAAAAGGAUGUUUUGUACUUGGCACUUGGGCUAUCACAAGCUGAUCUGGCCAGUGUUGUGGACAUGAGCUUUAUGCCUACAAAGGAUAGUAUCGUUUUACUUGCAUUCUGUCCGUCUUUCGAGACCAAUGGGGAACCAACGACGGAAAACCGUAGACUGGUAGGAGUGCUUUUGGCGAACCCAUCGGAACAUGUAGAGACGCCACCAACAUGCACAUCGAGUGUGAAUUUGCUGCUGAGGUAUCUGAAUUAUUGUCAUCCGACAACCCCAGAAACAAACAGUACUCCUGCUUCCAAAACCAACGCACUUUAUGUUAGUAUGAUUGGAGUUCUAUCGUCUGCACCGAAAAACCAAUGUCAUUCCAACGAUUCCAUGGAUGCCAGGUGGAAGAGACUGGUGCUAGAAGUACUUUCACUACUGGAGAAGAAAAUCUUAGAAUUGGCCAAGGCGAAAGGGUUCAGUAUGGUGGAGAGAAUAAACACUUCUGAGAUCACUGCGAAAACAUCUAUGGAUUCAGGGUACAGAACCGUCAGAAGGACCUGCUUGGAAGACUUUGCCUUCAGUGAGCACAUCGUCGUGGAUCCAAAGUAUCGGAGUCACCAGAGUUGCUAUAUGGUCAAGGAUUUGGUCGCAUGAUACAAUAUCUGUACAACUGAUCUGUCGUAGCCCCCAGGCUUUCUAUCACGAAUUCAUUAGUUUUGCUCUAAAACAGCAUCGCUACUCGAAUUUCAGUCAAGAAUCCGACCAAUUUGUGUCCUACACAUUCUCAACAAACCUAUGAUUUUUUCUUCUUUGUUCCGGGUAUGGAAUUUAUAGAACCCUCUCACUUGAUGCCUCCUCAUUUCCUGUAUUAGAAUCACGAUGUGGCUUAUAGAUUUCGAAAAAUUUAGGAAAC